AUGGCCUCGGAUUAUGCUUUCCGUACAUUAUUUCAUUUUCUUUUGCUCGUUAUACUUUGCACUUUCGAUCAGUGUUGUGCAAAUGGGAUCAACUCGACUCAGACAGCAUCGUUUUUCGUAAAUUUCUCCGAACAGUCUACGAGAAAGAUACCACAGACGAUGUUUGGAAUAUCAUUCGAGGAAAUCAAUCAUGCCGGUGCCGGAGGAUUAUGGGCAGAGCUUGUCAGCAACAGAGGUUUUGAAGCUGGAGGUCAAAAUACGCCUUCGAAUAUAAGUCCGUGGACCAUUAUUGGAGAUGAGUCCUCGAUUAUAGUCUCGACCGAUCGUUCUUCUUGCUUUGAAAGAAACAAAAUCGCGCUUCAAAUAAAUGUUUUGUGUGAAGAUAAUAUGUGUCCAGUUGGUGGAGUUGGAGUUUACAACCCGGGCUUUUGGGGCAUGAAUAUUGAACAAGGAAAGAUAUACAAAGUGUCCCUUUAUGUUCGGUCUUUACAGCCGAUCGAACUUUCUGUAUCACUAUUCGGAUCAAAUGGGCUGCAAAUGUUAGCCACGGCUGUUAUAUAUGGUGAAGAUGUUAAAAGCUGGUCAAGAAAGGAUGUUCUGUUAGUAGCACAAGGCACUGAUUCUAAUUCGAGAUUGCAUUUAACGACCAAGAAAAAUGGCACUAUAUGGCUCGAUCAAGUGUCGGUUAUGCCUUUGAGCACUCACGAGGGACAUGGAUUUCGACACGAUCUUUUCAACAUGCUUGCUGAUUUAAAACCGGGAUUUAUUAGAUUUCCAGGCGGCUCGUUUGUCGAAGGACAGUGGCUUGUGAAUGCAUUCAGAUGGAGGGAAACUAUCGGAAAAUGGGAAGAGAGAAGUGGACAUUUUAACGAUGUUUGGAAAUAUUGGACAGACGAUGGGCUCGGUUUUUUCGAGUACCUCCAACUAGCUGAGGAUUUAAAUGCAUUGCCCGUCUGGGUUUUUAAUAAUGGAAUCAGUAUUAACGAGCAAGUCGAUACUUCGACUAUUUCACCUUUUGUGCAAGACAUUUUAGAUGCACUUGAGUUUGCAAGAGGAGACCCGAAUUCUAAAUGGGGCUCCGUUCGAGCAGAGAUGGGCCGUGCAGAGCCUUUCGAUUUGAGAUAUGUUGCUGUUGGGAAUCAAGAAUGUGCAAAUAUGAACUAUCAUGGUAAUUACAUGAAGUUCUACAAUGCUAUAAAAACAGCCCACCCGGAUAUCAAAAUUAUCUCAAACUGUGAUGGGUCCGUUGGACCGUUGGAUCACCCGGCCGAUCUGUAUGAUUAUCAUGUUUACACGAGCGCAAAUUCUAUGUUCUCGAUGGCUCACUACUUCGACCGAACCUCACGAGAUGGGCCAAAGGCUUUCGUGAGUGAGUAUGCAGUGACGGGUAACGAUGCUGGCAGAGGAAGUCUUUUGAAAGCACUUGGUGAGGCCGGUUUUCUCAUCGGGCUAGAGAGAAACAGUGAUAUUGUUGAAAUGGCAAGUAAUGCUCCUUUGUUCGUGAACGAUAACGAUAGAAGCUUCAAUGCAGAUGCAAUAGUUUUCGACUCUUCACAAGUUUACGGUACUCCGAGUUAUUGGAUGCAGCAUUUCUUCAAAGAAUCGAAUGGUGCCAUCCUUCUCGAUUCCUCAUUGCAAUCGAGUCCUUCGAAUCCUCUUAUUGCAUCAGCUAUUUAUUGGAAAAACACAGAGAAUAACAAGAACUACUUGAGGAUAAAGGUUGUGAACUUCGGGAGCAAUGGGGUUCGUCUAAGCGUUUCGGUACAAGGACUCGAUAAUAACCUUAUAGAUUCGAAAGGGUCUACAAUAACUACACUUACAUCUAGUAAUGUGAUGGAUGAAAAUUCUUUCAAUCAGCCACAGAAGGUUGUCCCUGUUGUAAACACACUUAAAAAUGCCAGAACCAAAAUGGAAAUUAUAUUGCCUCCACAUUCUUUAACUUCAAUUGACUUAUUGAUAAAAUCAAAUGUAAUGCAGCCUGCAGAAUUUUAUGAUGUCCAUGCAUCAAUGUAA